CUACUGUCUGUUCCACUCAGCAUGCCAAGAAGCUGGAGAGGUCCCCGGCAGCCCGGAUUCAUUCUGUGUCUUGGGAAAGUCUUCCACUGCUUCGAGAAAUCAUGAAGUCAAUCCUGGCAACACUGUGGAAUUGUUUUGUACUUUUUUUCCUUUAGUCUUUUAAUUUUUCUACCGAAAUGCCAGAAAGAUCGGGUCUAUUUCCAAGAGGGCUUCUGACAUCUGAGAUUGGCAAGGGCACAAAAUGACAUGAGAGUUUCUCUGCAGAAUUCCAAAUUCAGGCAAGAUUUUUCCAAGCACGUACUAUGUUUAAAACACCUUGCAGGGAUGUCCUGGAGAAUCUGAAGUUCUGGCUUAACCCUCAAAACUUUGAAAGCAAUGGCUGAAAAAGAAAGAUGAGCAUCUUGAGGCUUCCUCUGGAAAUGGUUGAGGUUCGCCACAGCAAUUGGCAAGUUUGGCUUUUUCCAUCAAAAUUUGGUGUCUUCAUGUGCUGUCCAGCAUCUACUGCAGGUCAGAUGGAGCUUAGGAAGGCAAGGGAGCCUAGUAAUAAACGAGUCAAGCCCCUUUCCAGAGUGACAUCACUAGCAAACCUCAUCCCUCCCGUGAAGGCCACACCAUUAAAGCGCUUCAGCCAAACCCUCCAGCGUUCUAUCAGCUUCCGCAGCGAGAGCCGUCCUGACAUCCUCGCCCCCCGACCCUGGUCCAGAAAUGCCGCCUCCUCAAGCACAAAGCGGAGAGACAGCAAGCUGUGGAGUGAGACCUUUGAUGUGUGCGUCAAUCAGAUGCUUCCGUCCAAGGAAAUCAAACGUCAGGAGGCAAUCUUUGAGCUUUCCCAAGGAGAAGAAGACUUGAUAGAGGACUUGAAAUUGGCAAAAAAGGCCUAUCAUGACCCCAUGCUGAAACUCUCCAUAAUGACAGAACAAGAGUUGAAUCAAAUCUUUGGAACACUGGACUCUCUCAUUCCUCUACACGAAGAGCUUCUUAGUCAACUUCGAGAUGCUCGGAAGCCUGAUGGUUCCACCGAACAUGUUGGUCCCAUCCUCGUGGGCUGGCUGCCUUGUCUCAGCUCCUACGACAGCUAUUGCAGCAAUCAAGUGGCCGCGAAAGCUCUGCUGGACCACAAAAAACAAGACCACCGAGUCCAGGAUUUCCUACAGCGAUGCUUAGAAUCCCCCUUUAGCCGCAAGCUGGAUCUCUGGAAUUUUCUCGAUAUUCCAAGGAGCCGUCUAGUGAAAUACCCCCUUCUUCUUCGAGAAAUCUUGAGGCACACACCAAAUGAUAAUCCAGAUCAGCAGCACCUGGAAGAAGCUAUAAACAUCAUUCAGGGAAUCGUGGCAGAAAUCAACACCAAGACUGGGGAAUCUGAGUGCCGCUAUUAUAAAGAGCGGCUUCUUUACUUGGAAGAAGGCCAGAAAGACUCUCUAAUCGACAACUCAAGAGUGCUGUGUUGUCAUGGAGAACUGAAGAAUAAUCGAGGGGUGAAACUGCACGUUUUCCUGUUCCAAGAAGUGCUUGUGAUCACUCGAGCUGUCACCCACAAUGAACAGCUCUGCUACCAGUUGUACCGGCAGCCAAUCCCUGUAAAGGACCUUCUCCUGGAAGACCUGCAGGAUGGAGAAGUGAGGCUGGGCGGCUCCCUGCGUGGGGCGUUUAGCAACAACGAGAGAAUUAAAAACUUCUUCAGAGUAAGUUUCAAAAAUGGUUCUCAAAGUCAGACCCACUCACUACAAGCCAACGACACCUUCAACAAGCAGCAGUGGCUCAACUGCAUUCGUCAGGCCAAAGAAACCGUUCUGUGCGCUGCCGGGCAAGCUGGGGUGCUGGACUCCGAGGGACCGUUCCUAAACCCCACCCCCGGGAGCCAGGAGCCCCAGGGAGACACAAAACUUGAGCAGAUGGACCAAUCGGACAGUGAGUCAGACUGUAGUAUGGACACUAGCGAGGUCAGCCUCGACUGUGAGCGCAUGGAACAGACGGACUCUUCUGGUGGGAACAGCAGGCACAUCGAAAGCAACGUCUGACAGAGGCACGUGUACUUCCUGGAAGCAGCCCUGUGUCUUACCUGUACAGUAUUUGCAUUCCACACACGGAACGGUUUGGAGAAGCACUUUUUAAUACUUUGGUGACCGUGUUGCCCCUCGUCUCUUGUAUCUGUAUCUUUGUCCCUAGUACUGUAACUGCCAGUCUGUCUGUAAGCUGGGGUCUGUGGCAGCUCUUACCCUGUGUUGCAUUUCACAAGUGUCUGGAUGGAUGGAGAGGUACUUGAACAAGUUACUUUCACUUGUCCUGCUGGAUUUUAAAAAAUAGAAAAGAAUCUCUAAACUAC